AGUACGCAAGAAAAGCUGUGGAUAAAACCAUUCCACCAGGCUUGCUGUCUCCCUCACUCCAUCACUCUCUCUCGCUCUCACUACUGACUCUGUUGGAUUGUGAAGGAAAUGUCUGGUCCUCAGUGUUGUGAGAAUCCACCAGUCCUCAGCUCCAGCUGUGGAGCUGGGUCUGUUGCAGAAAUUGGAGGCCUCAAGGCCUACUUUACAGGCCCUCCUGAUUCCAAGCUUGUUAUUCUUCUUGUUUCAGACAUUCUUGGGUAUGAAGCCCCAAAUCUUAGGAAGCUUGCUGACAAGGUUGCAGCAGCCGGAUUCUAUGUGGUGGUUCCUGACUUCUUCCAUGGAGAUCCCUUUGUCCCUGAAACCAAGACUUUACCAGUCUGGAUAAAAUCUCAUGGACCGGAUAAGGGAUUUGAAGAUGUAAAGCCAAUAAUUGCAGCACUGAGAAGUAAAGGCAUAAAUUCAAUUGGGGCUGCAGGGUUUUGCUGGGGUGCUAAAGUGGUUGUGGAGCUAGCCAAGGCUGGUGACAUUCAAGCUGCAGUGCUCUUACACCCUUCUUUUACCACUGUGGAUGAUAUAAAGGAGAUCAAGGCCCCAAUCUCUAUAUUGGGAGCUGAAACCGACCAUGUUUCUCCGCCAGAGCUUGUCAAACAGUUUGAGGAGGUUUUAGCUACUAAACCCGAGAUCAAGAGUUUCGUGAAGAUAUUUCCUGGGGUGGCACAUGGAUGGGCUGUGAGGUACAAGGUUGACGAUGAAGAGGCCGUGAAGCGAGCCGAAGAAGCACAGCAGAACAUGAUGGACUGGUUUAUUGAGCAUGUGAAGUAGAGAGGGAGGAGUUGGGCCAUUGCAGUGUCUACUGGUCUCCAAUUGUAGUCCUUCACUGUCAUUCUGCUGUAUCAUCAAUAAUGAGCUUGGAAGUAAACUCAACGUUCUGUUCUUUGAACUGAGUUGAUCUAUUGUGUUCUGCCAUGGAUUUUUACUAUUGAAUCAUUGCAAAUAAAGAGGAGAGUACUGAAAAUUAUGUGUCA